AUGCCUAACCUUAAAAACUUCAAGUACAACAGGGCCAGGCAUUUCCGCAUGAUGGACAGAAAUCUCUGUGCCAACUUGAUCCGUCAUGAAUACAUUAUCACCGGCAGAGCCAAAGCCAAACGUGCACAGGCCAAGAUCGAGCAGUUCUUAGGCAAAGCAUUGCAUCAAAACAAGUCGUUGGGCAAUUCUCCACUCGAAGAAAGACUCUCCAAUGUCAAAGCACUCGAGUUCUUGCAACUCCCUGACAGACAAGAGGUGGGCAGUAAGGUGUUAGACGACCUCAGUAAAAGAUUCGUUGACCGUGCACAUGGUUUCACCCGUAUUAUCAAGUUGGAGCGCCGUUUGGGUGAUGACAAGGCUGAGAUGUCUGUGUUGGAGCUUGUAGACUCUGACUUUGAAAUUAAAUUCUGGUAUACGGCCAAGAUCGUGGCUCGUUUGGAGUUGCAAGGCCUUCCGGUCGAUGAGUUGACCCAACACAACGUCACCAAGUUGACGCAGCUAAGGAUAAACGGAGAGGAGAGAUUCAGACAGGCUGUGGAGGAGGCCAAGGAGGUAUUUUUCGCCGAGGAUGUUCGCAAAAUCAAACAACUUGCAGAGGCUGGCGAGCCCGCUUCGUUGGAACAGAUGGAUGAGUCAGUGGAUCUGGCUGCAAUCCAGGACGACUGGCCACAGCAUCUCAGACAAAAGACGCCUAAGGGAACAUACCUUAAGAAUAGACCAUCAGAGCUGUUCUUGAAGUUGGCAAAGAAUUUCGGUAAGUCCAAGCAGUAUCCUACUAUUCCUAGACCUGCGAAGGUUGAAGCUGUCAUUCCCAAGUCGCCUUUCCUUAAGUAA